ACCAAAAUUGAAAACAAUGUCAAUUCUUGGUCGAUUAGCACUAAGAGUUACCUCCCUUAAUCAUCAAUCUAUAUAUAAGGGAAAGCAUUUACACUCAGCCUUCACAUCACCAAACGAGUACCAAUUUAUGAACAUACAUAUUUAAAAUUAUAUUGUCUUUUAUUUCUCUACUCCAAGAAUGGCAAAAGGACUAAUAUUGGGAUUGAUAUUAUUAGGUUCCAUGUUGGCCGGAUGUAUGGCCAACAGGGAUUGGAGGUUGGGUUUCAACUACACAGAUUGGCUUCAGAAACAUCGCAACUGGUAUGAUCAACACCACCUAAACAAAACCCAACAAGUUUCCAACAAGAUUAUUGUAGGUGGUUCUCAACACUGGCGCUUCAAUUUCACCUACACUGAUUGGGCUUUCAAGCACGGCCCAUUCUAUCUCAAUGACGUUCUUGUUUUUAAAUAUGAUCCACCAGUGGGCAAGGACUCACACCCACACAGUGUGUACCAGCUCCCAGACUUGAGGAGUUUCAUCAAGUGUGAUCUGAGCAAUGCUAAGAAGCUCGCAAACGCAACACAAGGUGUGGGGAAUGGAUUUGAGGUGGUGUUGGACAAGUGGCAGCCCUACUACUUUGCCUGCGGCGAGAGCAAUGGUUUCCAUUGCGAUGUCGGACGCAUGAAGUUCUUUGUUAUGCCAAUGCUUCGUGCGUGGCCGUCGCGCCGCACUUAACUAAUUGCUCAUCUUGCAUGCAUGUGUGCAUGCCAAGAUGGAGCUAACUUAUUUCUCAAGGCUCUACAACUUUAUAAUUUUCUAUUCAAUGUCUUCGUAGUGACUUCUUGCAAGUGUAAUACUCUUCAAUCAAUAAAUUGUAUUAAAAGUUUCCUAUA